UAAAGUUAAUAUGAAUGUGGAUACAUCUUAUGAGAAUCUCCGUUUUGCUCGGCACUUCCAACCGUCCAAGAAAUAUAAUAUUGGGAACUUAUAAAGAUAGGCGUGCAGACGCAAUCACUGUGAUCCUUUCAUCUCUCUUUGAUUCUAUGUAUUGACUUGUCAUUAUAUUAACUUCCAUUCUACCACCCACUUCCGAAAAUAUUGAACUUAUACACUGAGUAUUCCGUGAUUCAAGUUGGGUACGCAAAAAAUGCAUCGAUUGUACAGCAAAUUUGUUGCAAGUGGCAUAAGGCACAGGAAUACCAAUCCAUUUCGGUCCAGUUGCUGCCAAUUUUCUACUUCUUUACUCCUCGAUGAAACUCAAAUACAGUUCAAACAAAGUGUUGAGCAAUUUGCACAAGAGAAUAUAGCUCCUCAUGCUGCCAAGGUGGAUGCUACUAAUAGCUUUCCAAAGGAUAUUAAUUUAUGGAAAGCUAUGGGAGACUUCAACUUACAUGGCAUCACAGCCCCAGAGGAAUAUGGAGGGCUUGGAUUAGGGUACUCGUAUCAUUGCAUGGCGAUGGAAGAAAUCAGUCGUGCUUCGGGGUCUGUUGGUCUUUCAUAUGGAGCGCAUUCAAAUCUAUGUUUAAACCAAAUAGUAAGGCAUGGUACCGCUGCACAGAAGGAGAAGUACUUGCCAAAGCUAAUCAGUGGGGAGCAUGUUGGCGCAUUGGCAAUGAGUGAGCCAAAUUCUGGUUCUGAUGUUGUCAGCAUGAAAUGUAAGGCUGAUUGUGUAAAUGGUGGUUAUCGAAUUAAUGGAAACAAAAUGUGGUGUACAAAUGGACCGGUGGCACAGACUUUGGUAAUUUAUGCAAAAACAGAUCUAAAUGCAGGCUCCAAAGGAAUCACUGCAUUCAUUAUCGAAAAGGGCAUGGAAGGCUUCAGCACUGCUCAAAAACUUGACAAGCUUGGAAUGAGAGGCAGUGAUACAUGUGAACUUGUUUUUGAGAACUGUUUUGUUCCUGAAGAGAAUGUUUUAGGGCAAGAAGGGAAAGGGGUCUAUGUCAUGAUGUCGGGAUUAGAUUUGGAGAGAUUAGUCCUGGCAGCAGGGCCCAUUGGUCUAAUGCAGGCCUCAAUGGAUGCUGUUCUUCCAUAUGUUCGCCAGCGUGAACAAUUUGGUCACCCAAUUGGGGAGUUUCAGUUCAUACAGGGAAAAAUGGCUGAUAUGUACACUGCUCUGCAAGCAUCCAGGGCUUUUGUCUAUUCUGUUGCAAAGAAAUGUGACAAUGGCGAAGUUGACAAGAAGGUAUUGCAUAUUCAGUUCAAGCAACAGCAACAGCACACAAGAGUGGGCAACAAAAUAUGGAUAUAUGCCAUGUUCCAGAUGUUUUUCAGGGACAUGAAUGGUGGGAAAUGUGUUUCUGGGAUGGCAGUCAAGGGGCUAAUUUUUGGGGAUGGUGGGGGAUGGCAGUAUAAAAGUACAUGCAGACAAAUUUCUACAAGUUUAACUAAUAUUGAGUAA